CCUGCGGGACGUGCGCGAGGCUGUUAGAAAAGCCGAACACGAGCUCAUAAAUGUGAUUAUUCAUGUCACGUCCACAUGUUUGUGCGCUGUAUGUGCUGUAAAUAAAGAUCCUGAUGAGCCAAAUAUGGGGUGAUUAGAGUCAUUAGCCGCGGAGCUGAAUGUGAAUGGAUGAGGUCGCAGCUCCUCGGGGCGCCUCAUUAUGCAGGCGCAUUAAAAGAAAGCGCCGGGGGGUAAAUGGGUGGUUAGGGGGCACGAACAAAAAGAGGGGCAGGGUCUGCGAGGAGGGCCAGGAUUCAAAUUCUAAGUGGGAGAUGUUCCCAUUGUCAGCGGGGUAUAUAGCUGGAGGGUUUGGAGAGCUUGGCACCGCGGAGCAGCUGAAGACUCAAUCACCGGGAUUUAAAAGCACCAUGGCCUCCGCUCGCUGCUGCUGGACUGCCCUGUUUCUUCUCUCGGUGGUGACAUGUGGAGUAUAUGGUCGCGCAGUGGACACGCAGGGAUUUGUGUCGCGGGUUGAACCAUCCGGACAAACUUUACGCACGGACGCGCUGAGGCGGUGGAGGCGCGCGGCGGCGGGGACGCACCGGGAGCGCUGCGCGGAGCUGACGGCGCCGUGGCAGGAAAACACACGAGCGGCUCCCGACGAUGAUGCGACCCGGCUGCAGCUCCGUGUGCGGCCCUUCACCCCGAGAGCCGCCCAGGGCCUCGUGUUCCCGGAAAAGUCUCUGUUCAGCUUCGUCCGGCGGGUUUACCACUGCUGUCAGGAGGGGCUGAGCUGCAGGAGCCUGAAGGGAAUACAGGGCCGCCUGAGAGGAGACACAGACGUGGAGUUUCUCCUCACCAGAGACGUUUGGUCGUUAACUGUCAUGAGAGCCGAGCUUCACCUCCUGCUGUCCAACCCACAACACCUGGACAUCCACCCGGUGCUCUCAGCGCUGGCGAAGCGCGACCUUCCUACCAGGUACAGCGUGUGGUCUCGGAGCGGCUCGGUGGAGCUCAGGGUGGACCUGCUCUUCCUCUUCCAGAGUCUGCAGGAGGCGGCAGGUGGAGCAGGAGGAGGUCCCAGCUUGGCGAACAUGCGGCGGGUGGCGUUUUCCUCCGAGGGGGAUCGUCUGCAGGACACUGCGGGAGGCGUGUGGGGGGACGGGGUCACCGGCAUGCUCCCAGUUCAGGAGCUGGGCCUGGUUCUGGGCUGCAGCCGGGCUGGAUCCAGGGUGUCCUGUGGAGCGGGUGGAGUCCGCCUGUCACACACACCCUUCAUGGCGCUGUACCACAGGUGAACUCAGGUGAACCCGGCUGAAGUCUGCAGGGAGACGCUUCAUGUGCCGCAUCAAGCAGCUGCUGGAAGCCUCGCAGGAAAUCAUGCACUUCAACUUCAGAUCUAUUAAUUUAUAAAUGUUGUGUUUUCUUAAAUAUAUUUCCAUGUGUAAAUAGUGAAUAUGAUAUACUGUUAUUCUAUGGAGCAUUCUGUUGUUAUUAAAGCUCAGUUAAACGUG